AUGAAGAAGCUCGUCAACAAUGUCGAUAUUUCCGCGACGAAUCGAGGUGGCAGCGGCAGGAUAGCCGUCUUGUCCCCUGGUACUGUGAGCGAUUGCAGUGCCACGUCGGAUGAGGACAUUUUGGCCGAAAUCUGGGCCAUGCGGUCGCCACGUUUGGACGGCGCGAGCGGUGACGAUCUGCCUGAGGUGGACGAUGAGUUAUCCGAGACAGCGCCCAUGGAGUUCCUGUUUUUCUCGGGCUGCCCGGACGACAAGAACCUGCGCGUGUUGGAUGUCGGAUACCGACGCCUACGAUCGAACCCGCGGGCGACCCGGUACCCGGUCACACCGUCCUACGCGACAUCCGUCCCCAUCAAGCCCACGCUCGUUUCCAACAUGCCGCCGCUGUUUGCACCGCGCUUCGGCUAG